AUGACGACGAUAACUGGAAAUGGUUUAAAUUUUGUCUUGUGCCUUCUGCGGCGGCCUGGAUUGAUAUUCUUUUACAUAGCCGUUACGGUCUUAGCAGUGCCUUUUUGUACAUUUUUACUUAUCACUUCUGGCCCAGCUAAUGUGUCAGACAACAUAUCCCUCCAGCAACAAAUCGCCCAACUAAAAGAACGCUUACGACAUGCGAAGAUGCUGAGCCAGGAGAGAUUGCGCGAUAUUACGUCCUUACGCCAAAGCUUCGAUCACGUCCUUCAGUCGUCAGGCCUUCAAAACCUGGCAUUAAGAUCUCAGCAACAACAAAACGCAGGAAGCAUAUAUCUUGGAAGAGGAACACUAUGGCAGCAAAAGAGACAUGCUAUACCAUUCAGUACGGGGACUUUUCAGUUUAGAAGAGAUCGCGGUGGUGAUAUCGAUGAAGGUUUGGAUUUGCAGCUUCCAUCUCUUCAUCAUUACCUUCCUCACCUUAUGAAUAACUUCAAUGGCCUUCAGCCAGCAUUGAAAAUUGCUGGGUCCAGAACAGGUGUGACAAUUGUAAUGGGCAUCCCUACAGUUCGAAGACCUAUUGACAGCUACUUAUUACCCACUCUAGAAAAUUUAAUUGAAAACAUGGACGAAAAAGAACGAGAAGAUGCUGUUAUUAUUGUGUGCAUUGCUGAAGUGGAUAAAAAUUAUGUAAAGUUUCAGAUUGAAGAAAUUCAAAACAAGUUUCAAAAGCAUUUAGAUUCAGGUCUGUUGGAAGUUAUUGCUCCUCCCGAAGGUUAUUAUCCUGAUUUCAAAAAUUUGCGCAAUACUUUAGGAGAUCCUGUGGAAAGAGUCCGAUGGCGUACAAAGCAAAAUUUAGAUUAUGCAUAUCUGAUGAUGUAUGCUCAAGCAAAAGGCACCUUUUACGUCCAGCUGGAAGAUGAUAUCUUGACGAAGCCGCAUUACUUGACUAUCAUGAAAAACUUUGCCUUCAAGAAGUUAAGGGAGAACAGAGAAUGGAUCAUUCUGGAUUUUUGCCAACUGGGUUUUAUAGGUAAAAUGUUUAAAGCUGUGGACCUAUCAAAACUAGUUACGUUCUUUGCAAUUUUUCACAAUGACAAACCAGUCGAUUGGCUUUUGGAUCAUAUGAUACAGACUAAAGUUUGUCGUUUUGAUAGAGAUUCGAAGGAUUGUCGGAAACAAAAAGACAAUGUUUGGAUACACUAUCGACCAUCCUUAUUUCAACAUGUUGGAACGCACUCUUCUUUAAGGGGAAAAGUUCAAAAGCUCACGGAUAAACAGUUUGGAAAAUCGUUAACAAGGUACCCGCACAAAAACCCUCCAGCAGUUUUGAGAACAACCCUGAAACCUUAUGGUCAGCAUACGUUGUCAAGAGCUUAUCGGGGUGAAACCUACUUUUGGGCUUUAGUUCCAGGGAAAGGAGAUAAUAUAACUUUUCAUUUUUCUCCACCAGUGUUAAUUGAAAGAUACUUCUUCAAAAGUGGGAGCUCUGAUCACCCGGACGAUAUUUUAACGAAUGCGUCAGUUCAAAUCCGACCAGCAGUGCCUCCGAAAAUUCCUGAACUAAUACCAUAUCCAUCCACUUCUGACAGAUUUCUUGUCGUAGGAAGUUUCUCGGAUCAGUCCGGUAUUACAGAGGGAUCUAUUAUUCCAACCGUAGGAUUAGUGAGAACUCUUCGAAUCCGUUUUGAAGAAGACGGUGAUCAUUGGAUAUCAUUAAGUGAAAUUGUAAUAGAAGCUGCUCCUCUACAAGCUCUAAUGGCAUCUGUUUAUAACAUUAGCUACAUUUUUGGAAUGAAUUCCUCAAGCAUACCUUGAAAAUGCUUAAAGAGAACUACAAAAUGUCCAUAUGAAGCUUUAAAGAUAUGUGGAAAGACUGAAGCAGAUGCAUUACACAUUUUGAAUGUUAUGAAAUGCAACGCAUUUGGCAAAGAUGCAUCAAUGUGAAGAAAAGUUCUAAGCUAAGCAAGUGUCUGUGGUGAUUUGUAACGAACGUAUUUAAGAAAAAUUCAUCGCAAUUCUGAAAGGUUCGUUACAAGUAUUGAAGUUUGGUGGUGCGUAAACUGCAGUAUCUGAAGAAUUCGAUUUUUAAUACAAACGCUUAAGCUGUGAUUGUAUGUACGGGAAAAAAUGCUACAUCAUUUAUGAGAGAUGUGACAAUUUCUUAACCGCAUUGGCUUAAAAAAAUAUUCUUCCAAAGUGCUUUUUAAUGAAAUUAAUGAAAUA